AUGUCCCCCACCAUGCAACUGGCACCUACGACCACCAGGUAUACGCCUACCUCGGAUGCCAUGGACCGACACGACUACGGUGUCACCAAGACCCGUAAGGCAACCUCCACUGGCGGUGGCCGAGCAUGGAGCGAGGAUGAGGAAGUCUACCUUCUUCAGACACGCCUCCAGAAAAUGCCCUACAAGCACAUUGCCGCGCACCUGAAAAAGACGGAGCUUGCUUGCCGCCUGCACUACCACCAGCUCAGCCACGGGAGCAACCGGCGUAAGCAGCGGGCCACUUCGGUGUCCUCCGGAUCGUCGGCGAAUCAGUCGCCCAUCCUGCGCACGACCAUGCCCUCGCCCAUCCGUGAGCCUACUCCGCGCACAGUCACACCACCCGGCAGUGCGGGGAGCUACGGCCCAUCCUCGCCUGCUCCUGUCCAGCUGCCUAGUAUCCUGAACCAUAGCACAUCCCCCAGGCUUCCGGCCAUCCUCCCAAAACCCGUCGCCAUGACGCUGCCUCCGAUAACCACAUCACCUCCCCGGGGCUACCCCACUCCUCUUACAGAGCCCACCCCCAACAGCGCCGCCCAUCCUUCCGCUACCUUCUCUCGCAUGGCCAACAACCAGCCACUGACGCCGCCGCUGCGCCUUGACUGCUCGCCUCUGCCGCCUCUGCAGUCGGCCCUUAGCCACUCGACUGUCGAUAUGGGGCGUCUGCACGCCGUGUACGCUGCCCACCGCGGCUCGUUCUGGGCUGCCAUCUCCAAUGACUACGGCAACGGAGCGACGCCUGCAAGCCUCGAACAGGCCUGGAAAGCAGGCCUCUGCUGCCAGCAACACCCGGCCACAGCUCCUCUCAGCCCCUUGUCCAGCCCAGAUAACCUGGAGCGGGAUGCAUAUGGCCGGGUGCAACAAGAUAAGACACGUAUCGCAGCCAUCCUCGGCAUUGACGCCAACCCUCGAUCGCCUCGUGAGCGUGAGAUGGUCAGGAGGAUGGAGGAGGAGAGGACGGGUACUGUUUCCACCAAUGCGUGA